UCACUCAAACCCCCAGGACGGAGCCUCUACUUUAGUCAAUCCUCUUUGAAUUACUGCAUGACCAAUGGUAUCAUAAUACUGGUCACUGUCGAUGGUAAAAUGGCAUAAAAUGCCCGAAUAUCAGCGAUUGUGGGUGUACACCAAAGUCAAACGUGAUCAAAGAUGCGAUUAAUCGAAGAGGUUGCAGUCAACUCUGUGUAUCCGGUUGUUGGUCUUGGCAUUCUGGAGUUGACAGGGUCUUGCAGAUGUGGUUAACCAUGGAAACAUCUCCGACAUUGAGUAUCGGUGGAUCAAGGGCGAGAGCUGCGUUGCUGGCAACAACAACCGCAACAGGAACAACGGACAGACGAGUUGUUUUUCUCGCUAGUUCACCGGGUGCAAGCAGCAACCACGAGACAAGAACAUGGCCUCAUAAUUGGUCCCCCAGUACGAAUGCCUAGAGGACAAACAAAUUGGUCGGAUGAGGCGGGCAAUUCAAACAGUAUAUCGAGGCAGAGUAGAUCACCUAGACAAGCAUCACCGAGCUCAAGAACCUGCACACCUCAGCACGAUGAUUCUCAUCAUCCGCCAUCGUGCAAUGGCUUCAGAUUCGGUGUCUACGGCUGGAGGAAGAGAUGUUUGUACUCUCUGGUACUCGGUCUUAUGAUUAUGGUUGUACUCAAUCUCGCAUUGACUCUCUGGCUCCUCAAAGUCAUGGAGUUUAGUUCAGAGGGUAUUGGAUCGCUGAAGGUUGUGCCAGGUGGAGUUGAACUGAGGGGUCAAGCUGCCAUUUUAGAUGCCCUCAUUGCAUCGAGUGUGAGGUCAAGAAGAGGUAGAAAUUUAGUGCUUGAAUCAUGGGGAAACUUUACUGCUUCAGCAAGAUCACACGACGGACGUCUAUUAGCUAGAUUUACGCUCGGUGAGGAGCGAGUUGACUGCAUAUCGAAGGGCUUUCGGAUAACAGAUCCCCGAGGCGGAGUGCUUUUUUCCGCAGACCGGGAGCAGGUUGUCGUGGGAGCGUCGAUGUUGAAGGUAACGGGCGUCGGGGGUGCAGUCUUCCGUGGAAGCGUGCAGACUCCUUUGGUACGAGCCGAGUCGGGCCAUGGCCUCAGAUUGGAAUCAUCAACCCGUGCGCUGGAGAUAAAAGCACCAGAGCGUGUGGUGAUAGAGUCUAGAGCUGGUGACAUAACAGCAUCAAGCCUGUCACACCUUACACUCCAGAGUAUCGAGGGUGCAAUCAAAUUUGACGCCAAUUCAGUCUUCCUCAAGGGUCUCAAAGUUGGUGGUACAAUUCAGAGGCACAAUACGAAAGAACAACGACCAAGAAACAGCAGAUCAUCGAGUGACAAUAGAGACUCGAGUGUUUAUCAGCUGUGCACAUGCGCCAAUGGAAAAUUGUUCCUAGCAAGACCAGAAGGCAUUUGCCAGGCAGACAAGACAAUCUGCUAAUGUCGACUGAGGGCGAUACCCAAAAUGGGGAUUCGCACCAUUAAUAUUCCUUUUACCAUUUUAUCCAGAUGGUGUGUUCAAUAUUUCAGACAGGUUAACCAUCACUUACUAAACCUGGACAAUUGAUUUGUUUAAAAAAAAAUUUUUUUUUUAAGUUUCAAAUAACUCUCGCGCACUGGAUUCAACGGCUUGUGUUAUAUUUUUCGAUGAUCGAGUCGAUGUAAGGCAUUGGGUGUUGUCAUGCAGAUAGUUAACGACAAAAUGGAAUAAUGUAGAUGAAUUUUUGCCACUAUUGGAGUUCGAAUGAACAACGGUGCCGAGAUUACCCCGCGAUGUAUAUCUUGUAUAUCAAUA